AUGGAGGAGGCGAGCGGCCCCGCGGCGCCUCCCGCCGAAACCGGAGCCGAAACCGGAGCCGAAGCCGCGGCCGAGCCGCAGUCCGAGCAAGAUGGAGGCGGGGGGAAGCAGGCGGCGAGCCCCGCGGCGCGCGCCGACGUCUACCGCUACAUUAAGGGGGACUUGUUCACCUCCGAGAUCUAUAAGGUGGAAAUACAGAACCUGCCCAAGUACAUCGGCUUCAACGACGUGAAGAAAUUUCUCGCCAAAUACGGGCUCAGCCCGCAUAAGAUCAAACUUUUYGGGAAGCAGACGUUCGCGUUCGUGACGUUCAAGAGCGAGGAGGAGCGGGACCGAGCCGUGGCYGUGCUGCACGGGGCCCUGUGGAAGAGCCGCCACCUGAGCGUGCGGCUGGCCAAGCCCAAGGCCGACCCCAUCGCCAAGAAGAGGAAGAAGGAGGAAGAAGAGGAGACGGAGCCGCGCGAGGCGAAGCAGCCCAAGGCCGGGGAGCCGCCGAGCAGGCAGAUCGCGGACGUGGUGACGCCGCUGUGGAACGUGCCCUACGAGGAGCAGCUGGCGGGGAAGCGGCGCGAGUGCGAGCGAGUGCUGCAGAGGCUGACCAAGGAAAUUGGAAAUAACAACAGAGCGUUACUGCCUUGGCUGUUCGUGCAGAAGCAGAAGUACAACAAACUGUGCUGCCCGGUAGAGGGAGUGAAAGCAUCACCCUUACAGACUGAAUAUCGCAACAAGUGUGAGUUCUUGAUUGGGAUUGGUGUAAAUCAAGAAGACAAAACUGUGGGUUGUCGUCUUGGCAAAUAUAAGGGUGGUACUUGUGCUGUAGUGGAGCCAUUUGACACUAUUCACAUUCCUGCUAUUGCCAAAAAAGUAGUAAAAGCUUUUCAAGACUACAUAAGGUCAACUCCUUACUCAGUUUACAGCCCAGAAACCUAUGAAGGUCACUGGAAACAGCUCACGGUYCGAACCAGCAGGAACAACCACAUUAUGGCAAUUGUUUAUUUUAACCCUCAGAAAUUAAGUAAAGAAGAGCUUGCUGACCUGAAAAUCUCUCUGGCAAAGUACUUCACAGAAGGGAUGGGGAAGGCCAGUGGGGUGACUUCUCUCUACUUUGUGGAAGAAGGCCAAAGAAAAUCUCCCAAUCUAGAAGACUUGCCCUUGGAGCACGUGGCUGGUGAUAAGUACAUAUAUGAAGAACUUCUUGGCCUGAAAUUUAGGAUUUCUCCUCAUGCAUUUUUUCAAGUAAAUACAGAGGCUGCGGAAGUGUUGUACACCACCAUCAGGGAGUGGGCCCAGCUGAACCAAGAGAGUACUGUGCUGGACAUCUGCUGUGGUACAGGAACUAUUGGGAUUUCUUUGGCAAAGAAAGUAAAGAAAGUUAUUGGAGUUGAACUCUGCCAAGAAGCUGUGCAGGAUGCCAGAGUGAAUGCCCAGAUGAACGAACUGAAUAAUGUUGAAUUUUAUUGUGGGAAGGCUGAAGAUAUUGUCCCUUCCUUAAUUAAUAUACUAGCUCCCCAGAACCUGAUUACCAUUGUAGAUCCACCACGAGCAGGACUGCAUUCCAAGGUAAUUCUUGCAAUUAGGAGAGCUGAACAUCUCAAGAAGCUUAUUUAUGUAUCUUGCAAUCCCCAAGCUGCAAUGAAUAACUUUGUGGAUCUUUGCCGGGCCCCAUCCAACCGGGUUAAAGGAGCCGCUUUCCGACCAGUUAAAGCGAUGGCCGUGGAUCUCUUCCCUCAAACCAGGCACUGUGAAUUACUGAUAUUCUUUGAACGGGUUGAAUAUGCGAACGGCAGCACUGCUGGAGCGAUGCUCGAUGCCGCUCAGGUCACACAAGGAGGAUGUGACUCAGAGAGCUUGGAAGCAAACGCUGAUGAAAGCCAGGCAACCUCUGCAGACACAGAUACUGCCUUCAAAGAGAGUGAAUCAGCCUAAAACAYGGACAUUUUCCAAAAAGCUACUUGUGCUACAGUGCUUUGGUAAUAUUGUUUCUGUAAAAUCAUGGUAAUAAAUCUCUCUACCCCA